UGCAGCCUCUCUGGGCGUGGUUUACUCCCCGUGUGUGUCCGUCGCUGCCUCAUCCGGCUUCAUUUCAUUAUGCACAACUCUGUGAUGUGGAUGAACUGGAAAAACAUUUCCUACCCAGGAAGAGGGGAGAAUAUUUAAAUCUGCUGCCGUUUUCUUCAUUCCCCCUGUGAGUAGUUUUACUUCCUGCUUUUUGUGCUGAUAUUUAAAAGUUCUGCAUCUGAUCUGAUUUUACAGACGAAAUAUCUUUCUAGAAUAAACUAACUGCAAAAACAUAAAACCUUACCAAGUAGUUUUUGUUUGGAUUGUAGUGCGACUGUAUUGGUACACUUGAAAUAAGACAAUACUAACUUAAAAGUAACUUUCCAGCAAAAUAUAGGUGAAAAUAUGCCUAUUCCAUUAUUUCAUGUAUCACUUUUUCAUCAAUAUUAAAAAAUUAUUUACUUAUAACAAGCUUCUAUCUCUUACUGAAAAGCUACAUGUGAAUUAGUUUUGUCUUAUUUCAAGUGUAAUAAAAAUAUUUUUACAUUUUCCUGCCAUAAUAAGCCGCCUCUCUGUCUCUCAGCAGGCAGGUGCUUUGGGGUUUCCUCCUGCUGCUCCUUAGUUUUCAGCAGGUUUAUCCUCUAAUUGAACACCUGAGAGCAGGUUGUGCGUCAACCCACAGAGCUCAUUUAUCACCACAAACAACCAGCAACUAAAGCAGAUUCAACUCAUUACACUGAAAAAAGAUGCUUACGGUUAAGACUCAGAAAAAUCUACAUUUUUAAGCUUUUAGUUACUGUUACUGUGAGGUAAAUUAUUCUUGAGAUCUUUGGUUUAUUUUAACUGCACAAAACAACUAGUACUUUUUUAGAUUAAUUGCAUGCCAGCUCUGUAAGAAAAACAAAGUCCAAAGUCAUUUUUGCCAAAAGUGAAACAAAAUGUGUUUAAGUGAUUCAGGUUAAGCUGACCAGGCCAAAUUUUACUGGACGAUGAAUUAUCCCAGAAGUUAUUGCAAUAAAUUAUAAUAUUGACACCAUUUUCCAGUAAUAUAAUGGUAAUGGUGUAACAAUGCAAGAACAGAUUCUCAAAGAUCAAUAAGUUUUCAAUUCUAAUGGACAUUUGAUACUGGAACUAUAAUACAAUUUAAAUAUCCCAAAUAAAUAAACACAACAAAUAAAUUCAAUUAAGUCUCAGUAAAUAAAAUCUUCCUUCAAAAAAAAAGGUUAGUUGAGACCAAAAUACCAGACUGAAGAUUUUUUUGUCAUUCAGUUUUUGGUAAAAAAGUGAAAAAAUAAAAGAAAAGAGAAAAGAAGAGUUGAAUUUUCCACACAGUUCUGGCACAAAACAGCGUUUUCAAUAACUGGCAUUCUGAAGAAGCAUCGUUACAACAGCAGGUUACAAUCAGAAUGAAGAUCUACUGUUUAGUGCUAGUUUUGUGUUUGAGUCUAAAAUUAUAAAAAACACAGAAAUGUUUCAAGCCUUUAUUUGUCAUUUUGACUACAAAUGUCCACAAAGCUUUGGCAAUCUUCUGCUAAUGUUAAAAAAAUAAAUAAAUUCUAUCUUGGCGUUUCCAUUAAAUGAGAAACAGUUAAUAUCAAACUUGAACAAGUUUGUUUACGCUAUAAUUCAUUUUUAAAAAGUGCUGCGUCAUCAUCCUCCAACCACUUCCUGUCAUCUUCUCCUUGGUGGUAUUCGGUCAAUGAAAACGCACCAUUUAUAAAGAAGGGAAGGGACAAAAGGUCACUGCUGAAGAAGAUAAUUGUUCAGUUUGGUCUCAUCUCAAUGACAUUUCAGUUAAAAUAUUAUUUUUUAUUGAUCUUAUGUAAUAUUUAUUUUUAGAUGGUUCUCAUUGUUGUAUGUUAUCAGUAAUUCACACCAUGUCAUGAAAUAAAAGUAACGAAAACAAAACGUUUUUGUUGUUAAAAAUCCAUAUUUUAUAUGAAUCUGAUAAGAAUCUGUUGGUUUCAUGGACAUGACUCCAUGCAGGUAGGCGUCACUAGCUGUAGCGGCUGGUCAGUGCAGUCCAGUCCGUUGAUAUAUAUUGAUGUUUUGCACCACAGGACUCCACCAACAGCUCUGUCUCCUCUGAAAUAACCAACCCUGACUUUAAAAAACUAAUUACCACAACUCAAGUCCAAGUUUUUUUUUCUCAGCACAUUUCUACACAACUGGUUCAGCCAGAGUGUAAAAAGUUGCCCAACCCUUACCACAGCUGACGUCAGGUUGACUUUAACCCCCGUUGGAAAACGCACAGAGAGAAAGAGAAACAAUGAUUCAAAUCAAGCUGUUUCCAGUCUUCGCCUGCAGGUGUGUCUUCAGGGUGACGUCUUCACCUCAUGACUCUGAACUCUGAACUCUGAAUGCGGUGAGACGGGCAGAGGCGACCCGACGGAUUAGCGUCCACAGGGCAGAUAUCUUUUCCAGCCUCCUCUCCACGGAAUUUUUGGAGCGUAACCUCUGAAGAGAUCCGUCAUCUCUGCUGAAAGAUGAUCCAUCUCUAGAAAAACUCCUCACACCGCUUUGUGUGCCCCGUUCUGACCUUAUGAGGUUUAAUCAAAGACUCUUAGCCAUGGUCCUCUCUAUUUCACUUCUGAUCCUCUUCUACUUGACCGUACAUCCAGAGAAGAUCAAUGCCAUCGGAGUAGUAAACAUCUCAACGCAGCAGAACUUCACAUCAUCUUCUUUGAAGCCUCACAUGCCAGUGUCUUUUGAAGACUUGAGGAAGAUCAUCCCUCAAGACGUUGCAUACUGGAACCGCCUGUUCUACUCGAUAGUGACGAACACUGAGAAAAACGACAACCCUUCGAGGAGAGAGUACCCCUGGUCAGCCUGCAGGGAGGAGAACCAUGAGGUUCUGAGAAUAAACGUUCAUGACUUUGAUUCCUAUCCUCCACUGUUCCAGACUUACGUGAAAGGCAUGAACUGCAGAUCUCCGCCGAUCCUAAUCAACCAGCUCAAGAAGUGCAACAACCACACCUUCCUGCUUUUUGCUAUCAAGUCAUCCCCCGCAAACUUCGAGAGGAGACAGGCGGUGCGUGAGACUUGGGGUCGAGAUGGGGUGUACCUGAAUGGACGGAGGGUGCGCACGGUGUUCUUCCUCGGCAACUACCAGCCCGAUGACCCAAACCUUGGAGCACUGCUGUCAUUCGAAGCCAAACACUUUGGAGACAUCCUGCAGUGGGACUUCCACGACUCCCUCCUGAACCUGACCCUCAAAAUGGACAUGUUUCUCCAGUGGACAGUGAAAUACUGUCCACUGGUGUCCUUUGUCUUCAGUGGGGACGAUGAUGUUUUUGUCAACACUGAUGGACUGAUCCAAUACCUUGAGUCUUUAGACUCCUCUCAAGGAUCUCACCUGUAUGUUGGACAAGUCUUGGGAUUAGCAAGUCCAAUCAGGGACCCAAGAAGCAAAUAUUACAUUCCUCCGACCUUCUACAGCGGGUCCUACCCUGAGUACACAGGUGGAGGAGGGUUUGUCAUCUCCGGAGAGUUGAUGCAGUCUCUUUCUUUUGUUUCAAAACUAUUUCCUCUGUUCCCCAUAGACGAUGUUUACAUGGGUUUGUGCAUGAAGGCACUAGGAAUCACCCCCAAGAAGCAUGAUGGAUUUCAGACCUUUGACGUCAAGAAACAAGACCGCGGAAAUGUUUGUGUCCACAAGCAGCAUCUCCUCAUACACCAGCGAUCCCCAAGGGAGACUGAAGUAAUGUGGAAGAACAUCCACAACCCCCUGGUGACUUGUUGAACUGAUGGGUCACCUGCGCUAGUUUCUUUUCUUCUUUUCUUUUCUUUUCUUUGGGGGAAUGAGGAUGAUUGUCAAGAAGAAGUGCCGCCUUGCACGGUUCUAUUCCAAGUUCUGACUGGAUUUUUCUUCUUCUUUUCAGUGGUUGGCA